AUGACUGAACAAGAAGUUUAAUAAUUGUAAAUUAGUUAGAAUGAAGAAUUAGCAAAUACAAAGAAAAAAUUAAAUUAAAAAGAAAAUUCUAUGAAAUCAGAAUUAGUUUAAUUGAAAAGUGAACUGUAAACACAGUAAACUUUAAAUUCAGAAUUAAACAAAAAGUAUAAUUUUAGAAUUAUAAAUAUAGAUUAGAAUUAUAUGGAUAAUAGAUUGAGUAAGUUGUUAAUAAUUCAAAUAUUAUUAAACAAUACUAAGUCUUAUCGGAAAUAAAUCUUACAAAUAGACUUCACAAUUGA